UUCAAGAGUUUUCCCGUUUUGCAACCUGGGCUGAAACUUUUGAACAAGAAUGUGGUGUCAAUGUGACUACAUUUGAAAAUACUUUCCAACUGAAACAGACCGAUCUUGCAGUCCUUGAUGAACACGGCCAAAACCGUUCUUCGCAUACGCAGAAGGGCUCUGCUCUCUGCAAAUAUACGACUUUACUCAACCAGCAUCACGGAACUCCUUCAGACAAUGCCAAAAGAAAUGACACACACGACAGACCUGAGGAAGCAGAGGGUCAAACUGAAGGAAAAAGGGCAAAAGUAUUCACCAAGCAAUCUCUCUCUCCAAGUCAUCGGCAGUGGGGCCAAAGGAGCCCCCAGAUCCUUGUAUCUAUUCAGCGAUCAAUCAAGGUAUUUAUUCAACUGCGGAGAGGGAACACAGAGGUUGGCUCAUGAACACAAAAUGAAGUUGUCAAAAUUAGAACACAUUUUUAUCACUCAUGCAAGCUGGGAAAAUAUGGGUGGACUUCCUGGAGUUGCAUUGACCAUACAAGACGUCGGAGUACCUGAAAUUACCUUACAUGGGCCAGAAGGCGUUGAGCAAAUAUUUUAUGCUACAAGGAAUUUUGUUGUGCUUCGCAACUUGGCAAUAAGAUCGGCCAACUGCAGCCCGGAAAAUAAGUUUGAGGAUAACGCCAUUAUUGUGAAAUACAUCCCUUUGACUCUGGAAAGAGAGAAUUUGUCCGAGGAAGCUUUAUCUCUUAAGCAAGAAAGUUUAUCUAGUGAUGAUGACAACGACAUCGAUUACUAUGCUCAUGAAAGACCAAAAGUUCAAAAUAAUAUGAGGGGAAAUAAAAACAAAAUGGUACCAUUUACUAACCCUUUUAAGAAUAAUAAACAUUAUAAACCAAAAGAAGACAGACAGACUACAAUGUGCUAUGCUGUUAAAUUACAACCCAAGCUUGGGAGUUUGUGUUUAUCCAAAUGUGUAGAAGCUGGUGUCCCAGCUGGACCUCUUUUAGGAAAACUAAAAAACGGUGAAGAUAUUAUAUUGCCAAAUGGGACUCUUGUAAGAUCUGCUGAUGUCACCGAGCCUGUUUACCCGGGGCCAGUAUUCCUCGUGGUUGACUGUCCCAAUGAGAAAUUCCUCGAUACUUUUGUAAAUAAUUCAUCCUUUCAUGAAUACCAUGUUGACAAAGCAACAACUGACAACGUACCUGUUCUUAUAGCUCAUUUUUCACCACCGGAAAUAAUGAAUAACCCAUUAUAUAAAGAAUGGAUGUCAAAAUUCUCAUUCAGUACACAGCAUCUGUUAAUAAAUGAAAGCAAUUCUUGCAUGGGAAGUGUGGCUGUCCAUAGAAUUCAGCAUAAAUUAAAUCUAUUAGAUCCAAUGAUUUUUCCUCUGCUAAAUGAUUCUGUUUUAUUGGAUGAUAAUGAAACCAAAGAGUCAAACCAGAAUGGUUCAGAAAAAGAAUUUCUGUUAUCACAAGCAAGGACAUUCACAACUUUCUAUCUGAAACCUAAGAUUAGUCUAGAAAAUUCAGUGAGAGUCAAAAUUAACCCUGAAGAAUACAAAAAUGAGGUUUUGGGUGAUGACAAUUUAAGAAACGAGCUUAUUAAACUCAAAAAUGAAUUGACAUCACAGGAUUCGACCCAACAACAAAACCCAAGUUUUAUAUUUUUUGGGACUGGCUCAUGCAUACCUAAUAAAGUACGAAACACUUCGGCGAUUCUUUUAAACGUGAGCGAUAACUCGUCAAUACUCCUAGAUUGCGGGGAAGGUACUUAUGGUCAGUUAGUCCGCUAUUUUGGCCCAGAAGAGGUAGAAAAAGUUUUAAAUCAUAUUAAGGCUGUUUAUGUUUCUCAUCUUCAUGCUGAUCACCAUAUUGGCCUAAUAGGCCUUUUGAAAGCUAUUCAAAAAUUAGAUCCAUUGAAAAAGAUAUAUUUAUUAGCACCAAAGCAGAUUAUGCACUGGCUUAAUCUUUAUGACACGUAUUUUGAGUCAAUUCUUGGUUGUUUGGAGCUGAUACCAAAUUCAGAAGUGGUUUUUUUUAAUUACACACUCAAUGAGGCAACCCAAAAGUCACUUCUUCAAAGUUUAAAUUUGAACAAAUUGGAGACAGCAUAUGUAAAACAUUGCCCAAACGCUUUUGGAAUCUCUUUGACGCAUUCAGACGGGUGGAAACUGACCUAUUCUGGCGACACAGUUCCGUCAGAUUCGCUAGUGGAGCUCGGAAAAGGGAGCAAAGUAUUGAUUCACGAAGCAACAAUGGAAGAUGAAUUGGAGGCAGAAGCAAAGCUCAAAUUGCACUCAACCACUUCACAAGCGAUUGAGGUGGGACAAAAAAUGGAAGCAGAAUACACAAUUUUAACCCACUUCAGUCAAAGAUACGCGAAGCUUCCUCGACUCGACUCUUUUAACAUGCUGAAAAAUGUCGGCAUCGCUUUUGAUAACAUGACGAUCUCUUUUAGCGAUUUACCAAAGCUACAUCGAUUCUACCCUCUCAUGAAACUUAUUUUCCAAGAGGAUUUAGAUGAACUUGAACAGAAAGCUUUGAAAAGGCAAAUGAGGCAAGAAAGAGAAAAUAGGAAAAGGAUAAAAGCUGAACAAGCUGCAGUACAAGCUUGAAAAUAAUAUAUUAUAUUUUAAUAAAGUUUAUUUUAUU